UUUACGUAGGUAUUGAUGAUAAAAUUGAUAAGUUUUUUUGCAAAUAAAAUUAUUUAUCGAUAAAUUUUCCGUGAAAAAUGACGAAUCGCAGUAAAAUUAUCCCAUCGGAAACGAAAUUGUAUCAGUCUCAUUACGCGUACUGCUACUGUAUAUAUCUGUAGGCUUAUGUGACGUACUAGUUUUGCAAAUGUUUCAUGUUCUGUUUUCCGUCCUGCUCUUUUCCACUUUUUUCUCCAGUGCUUUUCUUCUGUCGGACAAAGCAAAAUGGGAUUUCAAUAUCUCCCAGGAUCUGAAUUUCAUACGAACAGCGCGAAGUUUAUUCAAAGGUUCAGAGAUCAUCGUACAAAUAUUCUGCAAGCCGAAAACUAAUGCAAGUACGAGUAUAAACGUAGCAUGGGCUCUAUCAGAAACCAUUUGCUGGGAAGAUUAUUUGAACUUGGCUAAUCCCAGCUCAUUGAGCGAUCUACAAGCCAUGUAUCUAACUGAGAACCGUAAAAACGGCGAUAAAUAUUACAUACGGCCUGAACCUCAAACGUUGCCAUGCACCGAUAAAAUAGUUUUGAAAGAAUACAAAUUCCCCAGUCCUGAAAUGAAUAAUGGGAAGUUACCCGAAGAGCCUAGUAAAUCUAUGCCGAAGAAGAGUGGGGGUUACAGAACUCCUAUUUAUACGAUAACUAAAGAUGGCUUGUACCUGCUGACUUUGAACAUUUCGUUUGUGGAUUCCAAACCUUUCGAAGCAAAGGUUCACAUCGAAAUGAAAGGAACUUAUGGUUACCUUUCUGCAGCCGAAUGGCCAUUAUUACCGUUUUACGCCACCAUGUGUGUAGUUUACGUAUUCUUUUCUUUAGUCUGGUUAACUGUAUCUUUUAUGCAGUGGAGAGAUCUAUUAAGGAUACAGUUUUGGAUCGGUGCUGUUAUACUUAUAGGAAUGGUAGAAAAAGCCUUAUUUUUCGAAGAAUAUAAUUCUGUCAACGAAACCGGAGAGUCUUCUCUGCCAGGAACUAUAUUCGUAGCAGAACUCGUCUCCGCGGCGAAACGUACUCUUGCUAGAAUGCUAGUCAUUAUCGUUAGUCUUGGCUAUGGCAUUGUCAAGCCUAGAUUAGGAUCUCACUUACCGAGAGUUCUCGGUGUCGGAAUCGUAUUUUUCAUUUUAGCUGCAGCCGAAUCAUAUCCUCGAGUGAUGAGACCUCCCAAUGAUUCGUCCACUUUGUUAAUUUUAGCUAGCAUACCGCUGGCGUUACUCGAUUCGUUCAUUUGUUGGUGGAUUUUUGCCAAUCUUGUACAAACUACUCGUACAUUAAGACUGAGAAGGAAUUUAGUGAAACUGACGUUGUAUAAUCAUUUCACCAAUACAUUAAUAUUUUCUGUCGUCGCAUCCACCAUAUUCAUGUUGUAUUCCAUAAAAGCUCAUAGAGCUGCAUUUUGUCUCACUGACUGGAAAGAAUUAUGGGUCGAUGACGCAUACUGGCAUUUAUUAUUUUCUAUUAUUUUAUUAGUAAUUAUGAUUUUAUGGCGUCCCACCAACAAUAACCAAAGAUAUGCAUUUUCUCCUCUUUUGGAUGCUCCUGAAGAUGACGACGACGACGAAGAAAUCGAACAUUUCGUUAACGAUGGUUACGGUGUAAAAAUGCGUGGAACGAAUAUGAUGAGAAACGAAUCACCUAAACCGAAAAGCGUCACUAAUGAGGACGAAGACUUGAAAUGGGUAGAAGAAAACAUUCCUCCAUGCUUGAUCGAUACAACAUUCCCUAUAUUGGACACCGACGAGGAAUCGAUGGAAUUGAAGUUUGAAUUAUCCAAAAUGGAGUAAUCUUGUAUAAACAAGCUUGAAAAAGUACUUGAUUGAAACUUUUAUACUUAACAAUUCAUGGAAGCGUGAUAUUUAUUGUAUAGAAACAAUGUAAUGUUAGUAGAAGUAUUACAUAAAUGUCGUAUGUAUAUUGGAAGACGCGAGUUUUUAUUUGUAAUUUUUUUAUGCUGAAAAAAGCAAACCAUGUUUAUUUGUUGGAGAGUUGUAGAUUUCUUUUAAAAAAGAAUUUGUGUGUGUGAAUAAUGAAUAUGUACCUAGUUUCAUUUUAAGGUUAUUAAUGAUUAGGUUAAACACCCAGAAAAAAAAAUUGAAUUAUGUCUUGGUGUAGAUUUUGCGCGUUUUAUCAUGUUGUUCGUAACUUUAUAAGUAAUUUUAAUAUUUAUUCUCCUGUGUACUAAUACUAUGAGAAUAGUAAAAAAAAUACUAUCACUCGAUUUAUACCAAUUUGUAUGUAAAAUGAAUAAAGCAUUUAAUUAAAAA